AUGGUUUCCAACAAAGCGUUCAUGUAUAAGGCUGUGCCCGAUGGAUGGCCAGUUGCGGGCAAAGACUUGGCUAUCGAGGAAAUUACGUUCGACGAGUCUGCACCACCGCCCAAAGGUGGCUUCACCACGAAGAACUUGUAUGCCACAUACGAUCCUAGUCAACGAGGGCGAAUGCGAGACCCCAGCAUAAAAUCCUACAGUCCCCCCAUGACACCAGGCAAGCCUGUAGUUGCCGUCCAAGUCAUUGGAAAAGUCUUGAAAAGCGACAAUCCCAAGUUCCCUGAAGGCAGCAUUGCUAUUCUCUGGGCUCACCCGACUGAAUCGUACUCUGCCGUGGAUGAGACCGCGGCCGGCAAAGCCGAAGUCAUCACGCCACGACCCGGUGUCCCUUUGACAGCAAAUCUAGGUCCGCUCGGAAUGACGGGCAUGACAGCCUACGGCUCCCUAUUGGAAAUUGGGCAGCCUAAGAAAGGAGACGUGAUCCUCGUCUCAGCAGCUGCCGGUGCUGUUGGUCAAGUCGUCGGUCAGAUUGCGGUGCGAAUGGGUUUACAUGUCAUUGGCUCCGUUGGAGACGACAAGAAACUCGACUUCAUCAUCAACCAGCUCGGAUUCACGUCAGGAUUCAACUAUAAGAAAGAAAAUAUGGCCGAUGCCGUCAAGAGGCUUGCUCCUGAUGGAUUGGAUAUUUACUACGACAAUGUGGGCGGUGAACUUCUCGACAUCGCAAUGACGAAUAUGAAAGACUUUGGCCGCAUCGUAGCGUGCGGAACCAUUUCGACCUACAACAACGGCAGCACCAGCACCCCUUACGGUCUGAAGAACUACAGCUCCGUCGUCCGCAAGCGACUCCGAUACCAAGGCUUCCUUGUGUUUGACCCUAACAUCGCUCGCUGGCGAGCCGAACGUGACGAGAACAUCUCCAAAUGGAUAGCCGACGGAAGUUUCAAGUCCAUCGACCACAUCACCACGGGCAUGGACAAUGCAAUUGAUGGCUUUUUGGGCAUGUUGGAAGGCAAGAAUUUAGGCAAGAGUAUUUUGAAAAUUGCGGAUGAGUAG